AUGCCCAAUCGCUACGCGGCCGCGGAGUCGUCAGCGAUCGUCGUCGACCCAGAGGCCUGUCUGACGCAUUACUACAUGAAAGCCUUCUUCCAGAUCGUGGUUCCGCGCUCGGGCAACACGACCUUCAUCUACUGCACGCACGACGCGGGGCUCUAUGCCGACUACGCCGCCAACGGCUUCUGCAACAUGAAAACCCACCGCCCCGCCGACGUCUUCAGCAGUCCGGCGUGGUACGACUGCCCCGGCCUGAAUCCAGACGCCGCCAGGUUCACCAAGGCCGUGUUGUUGCUGAUGGCCUGGAUCGCGCUGCCGUGCAUCGCCAGCGUGGCCUUCAUGCUCGGCGCCGGCUCCGUGGUGUGGCGGAUGAGGAUGGACACCCUGGCCCAGACCAAGUUGUUCCCAGUGGGCGGUUUUCAAAGAACGAUACUCGUGUUGGGCAUGGGCCUCGCCGCAGCCUUGUUCUCGGUCCCCUGGAUGUUGCAGUGGCUCGGCACUGUCACCUGGUUGGGGAUUGCACUGUUCGUCAAGGGUAUCUUUGGUCUCAACGUGUUUUGCAAUCUCGGCGUCGGCACUUUUGAUUUUUGGAAGCCGUUCAAGCCGCUUGGGCGCAGAAUCAGGGCUCGUAUGGGCGGGAGAGAGCGUGUCGGUGAUUUUGACGACGACAGCCUCGAGAGGGAACGGGGGGUCGACCCUAGUCUUUGGGAAGAAGAGUUCGAGAGCAAGAUAAUGCAACCAUACAAGCCCACCGAGGUUUUGGUUAUUGAAGAUCUGAGGGAUGAGAAAAAGAUAAUAACGAGAUCAAAUACUUUUUGA